AAUUCUAGUUCGGUCGCCUUGGUUUACCCAGGCGCUCGCCCGAAGCGCCCAGCGCCUGGGCUCGGGCGAGCGCCCAGGCGGCGCCUGUUUGAAGCGCGCCGCCUGGGACAUUAGCGAGGCGCUCGGGCCUCGCCUCGCCUCGCCCGAGCGCCUAGGCGAGCGCCCGAGCGCCUUUUGCAAUCACUGGUUGGGUUAUUAAGGUUUUUUUAAAAAGUUAAAAAUAAUAAUAAAAGAUUGGCCUUACCGCUCGGUUUGCAGGGCUACCAGGUGGUAAGCCUUGUACCAUAUGUGGAGUGCUGGAAAUUGGAUAAUUCUCAUGCUGGUUCACAUCCGAACCUGGUCAAUAUUGGGGAGUACAUAUAGAUCUAGAUGAAAUUGCAUUCGUUUUCCAUGUGUCGUGAAUUUGAUGUGAUCAUGCUUGUUUAUGGAUGCCAUGAAUCGGUAACAAAUCUCCUGUGCAUCAUUGAUUCUGGUUUGUAUUGCACUCUUGGGGGGGAUAUCAUGGUAUCAACAUUAGUAACACUAUUGGGAACGAACCUCGUAUUGGAAAAGCUCAAGGAAAGCCUCGUAUCAACAUUAGUAACACAAUUGGAUGCCUCAUCUUCGGACUCCUGCCAACAUCACGAGAACUGCUAUCACUAAGUCAUAGUGGAUCAUCAUGGGCUUGCUACUGCUUAUACGUCUAUCCAUUCAGGUGCUCCUUUUAUAUUUAUGUUUUUCUGCAGUCUUAGAGCUUUUCAGGUAUCUAGGCUUUUCCUAAAAGCUCAUUUGGUUUUUUGGACCUUUGUGCAUUUGGUGAUCUCUGUAAAUUCUAGCAAAGACUGCUUCAUCCUUGUUAUUCCUUCACCAUGAACAAUAUGUUUCACCAAUGAUGGAUAUGCUCCGACUAUCAAGUAUGCUCACACUGGGUUGGUACUUUGAUUCUUUGUUGUCAUUUUCCUAUAAUCAUCAAUCAAGAAGUGGAUUGAACUAUGCAAUUCAGAAGAAGUAACAAAAAUACAACCUAGGUUUAUCGUAGAUUUACAUGUUUAAUUCAGAUUCCAAUGGAUUUACACAAAUCUGGGCUAGAUUUAUGCAAAUCUACUUGGAUCUGACCUAUAUUAUAAAGAUAAAGGCUAGAUUUCAUAGUAUAGGUGGGAUCCACAUAGAUCUAAACUAUAUCUAUGUGGAUUUAGGCUGGACUCAUUUGGCCAGAUUCAUGUAUAUUUAGCCUAGAUCUACAUCUUGGUUUGAUUUGUACAGAUUUGGGUUAGAUAUAAAGUAGAGUUGCACAAAUCUACUUGGAUCUGGCCUAUAUCUAUAAAGAUUAAGGCUGGAUUUCAUGGUCUAGGUUGGAUCCAUAGAGAUCUAAACUAGAUCUACAAGGAUUUAGGCUGGACUCGUUAGGUCAGUUUCUUGUGUAUUUAGUCUAGGUCUACAUGAAUCUUGGUUCGAUUUGUACAUGGAUUCAGGUUAGAUCUACAUGGAUCCAUCCUAGACAUGAUGGACUUCUUUGAUUUGAGUUAACUUCAAUUGUUCAUAUUCAUUCCUUUGGAUGGUCACAUAAAUAACUCCAAUGCUUUCUAUCAUGGUAAUCCCACUCAUGUUGAACAGGAAAAGUACAUUCAAAUAGGCAUCAGGGAUGCAUUUCAACUGAAACAGAUUGGUCAUAUGGUCAUGUUCAGAUGACAUGCAGAAUGGCAGCUGGUCAACAGAAGAAACGGUUAACAAGUUCCAACUUCCAUGAACAACAUAAAGGAAAGAAGAAAAAAAAGCUGGACUCAUCUGACUACAUAUUAAAUUUAAGAUGUCGUGUGGAUCUGGCAUGGGAUGACCGUCAAAGGAGAGUUGUGGCAAAGAAGGAACAAAUCAGUUUAUCAUGGACAGAUAUUUCUCCUUUCCUUGACUCUGUUUCCCAGUCCCAUGCUGGCUUAGCUGAUGUUGUUUCUGUUCCAUUUGAAAUUUUUAGUUUGGACAAUUUGACUGAUGUUCUUUCUUACGAGGUUUGGGCUACAUGUCUUUCAGAAUCAGAGAGAAAGCUUCUCACUCAGUUUCUUCCUAGUGUGAAAGGUGCAGAACAAGUAGUUCAUUCGUUGCUUAAGGGAGAAAAUCACCACUUUGGAAAUCCUUCCCUGAAAUGGUCUACUUCUCUUUGUGCUGGUAAUCUUCAUCCCGAUAUUCUUCUUCAAGUGGAGGAACAAUGUCAACUCAGUAAGAGGGCAUAUUAUUGUGAGAUAAAUAAGUAUCACAAGGGCAUGCUUGAGGUUUUGAAGAAAUGGAAGGAACGAUGGUUAAACUGCAAGGAUCCAGAGUUACUGUUGAGUGAAGGAUAUUGCGAGGACAAGGAAGGAAGCUUAGCUAAUUCUGCUGAAAAGGCUAAAGUUCUUGCAAUCUCAAAGAGGGAAUCACCACAUAAAGUCUAUGAUCAUGCUGGUGACACUGAUAAAUACAUGUCAUAUAUUAAGGUAAGCAGGGCACAACAUCAGCUGAUCAAGAAUAUAAAGCAUUCUGCUGAUGGUAUUCAACCUAAAUUACUUGGUCGUGUGCUUGGUGACAUACAAUGCUUUCAUGUUCAUCCUUAUGAGACAUUUGAAGAGGAAGAAAAGAAGAGGUUGCAUGAGCACUGGUUGCAAGUAGCAAACAAGGAUCUCUUGGUAGCUUUUGAGGCUGCUAGGGGCCGGAAGUUGUGGAGAGAGCGAUCUUGGAAAUCUUUGGAACGGGAACUCGCAGAGAAAAUGAAGUUUAUAAAUGAUAAGGAUGAUAAAUUAGAAAGUUCUGAGGGCUCCCCAGAAGAACCUACAUAUGAUGGUUAUUGCAGAAAUCAACAUACCCAGGAUAUUGAUGACAAAAGUUACGGCCAGUCCAAAGAUAAUUCCAUUGAUGACCAUCAGUUGGAGCUCAUUCCUUCUCCGAAUAGUCACAAGGAACCUAGUCUUAUUAUCCACAACCAAGAAGAGACAUUACAACAGGAUGAUGAUUUCUCUCCUCUUUCGCAUGUGGAAAAGCAGAAUCCUAAAAACAUGUGGCAGACGGCAGGUGUUUCUGAUUCUUAUUACCAUUCUACAGAGAACCAUGGUUACACAUCAGCUGGCGAGUUGUCUCUUCGGCAACCCCAACUUACAAUAGAACAUCCAACUAAUAUGAUUGAUCUAGAGAGAGACAUAAUAGAAUCCGAAGGUGGAGAGUCCAUUCCAUCAGCUUUUGAUGUAGACGGCCGGCCUUCUCUGUUUUGUUCAUUUGGUCGAAACGAGAUGCUUCCAACCUUUCCAAAGGAACCGAGAGUGAUGUCAUCUUAUCCAGAACAUAUAAACGGCAUGAAGCAACCUGGAUUGCAGUUUUUGAUGGCUAAUGAUGAUUUGCAAGAAGCUAGCCUGGUUUCCAAUCAAUUGCAGGAGCAGCAGCAGUUGAUAGAGCAGAGAGAUGUAAGGGAGAAAGAGGUAUAUAUGCAACAAAUCAUACCCAAGAAAGUAUAUUCCACAACCAGGUACCCAACCCAAGGGUUUCCAUCAGUUGAUAGUCAGAAUCUUGCUGCUGUUCAGUCAUCCAUGAAUAGUGGUACCCGAGGCUACAAUUGGUUUCCUGGUGAUGAUCAGUCUUACAGUAGUUGGUCUGCAGUUGAAUCAUCGAGGGGUGGUGGCCACUGUUUGGAUGACGGUGGCAAUGCAGAUGGGAGCCUCUAUAGUGUUUUAUCUAACAAGUUGUCAACGUGCUCACCAUAUGACAGUAAUAGUUCAGAACAGUAUCUCCAACCAAGAAGCUUUGUUGGAAAUGUUAUCCCCAGUGCUCACAAUAUUUAUGGGUACGGACAGCAUCAACCGGACAACCCAAGCAGCCAUCAAAUAGGUGUUACUCCAUCAAUGAACAACGGGUCAUGGAUGAACUUUCCACAUCAAAAUCCGGAUCUUCACGAUCCUUUGGGGAGACCAUUUCAAAGGCCUUGGGAUCAUCAGUAGCACUUUACUGGAGGUAGAACCCUCGAUCAAGUUCUCCUUUUUGACUCGUUUGCAGGCUGAACCCUCUGUCAAGACAUAUUUACUCGUAAAGAGGCUCAUGUCCAGAAUGCACCAAGAUCUCAUAACCGGUGCUUGCAAACACUAACGAGUUUGGUGGUUUGUACAUAUAUCCUGAAUGCCAUGAGGAUGUGGAAGGGGAGAGGAACAGAAUGCUUUGGUUCAGCAGGGAUUUUUUUUUUGUUACAGUUUUUUUUUAUUUUUAUUUCGCAUUGUAUGAAGGGUAUUAUUAUAUUUUUAUGUUGGGAACGAGGGUUCCUUCCACAAAUAAAAAGUUUUGAUCAUUUACAUAAAAUAGUCCUGAUGAUGCCAACUGCUUUAGGUCA